CUCAGCUGAGCUCAAGCAAGAAACAGCAUUAAGCGUUAAGCUAGCAGCAACGCCGCCAGAAAAAAAACCUCUGUACUUUUAUUACAAAAAAAGAAAUUAAUAAUAAUAUUCCUUGUAAUCAUUGGCGAUCGAUCUUCAUUUACAAAGCACAUGAAGAGGAAGAAGAGGAGGGAGCUGGAUUGAGGCAGGAGAAGUGCCGAUUUUGCUCGCGCGUAUGUGAUCGGAGAUGCGGAAGAAGGCAUCGGCGUCUGCGAAGCCGGGGCUGUCGAUGCGCCGCGCGUUGGGGUUAGGGUGGAAGUCGGUGAUUCUAGUGUCCGUCCUUCUCGGUGGUUUGGCACUUCUCAGAGUUCAGCAGUACUCGCAGGCGACGGUGUAUCCUUAUACGGUUCCGUUACCGAGGAAAUCUUGGGUUCUGAGCCAUCAGUUCAGUGGUAAUCCGAAGAUCGCGUUUCUGUUUCUAGUGCGCCGGAAUCUGCCUCUCGAUUUCGUCUGGGAGAGCUUCUUCGAGAAUGUGGACAAGGCAAAUUAUUCUGUAUACGUACAUUCUGAGCCUGGGUUUUUGUUCGAUGAAUCGACUACAAAAUCAGCUCUAUUUGUUAAUCGCCAAUUGAAAAACAGCAUCAAGGUAGCCUGGGGAGAAGCAAGCAUGAUACAAGCUGAGAGGUUGCUGUUUGAUGAGGCUCUUCGGGAUCCUGCUAAUCAAAGAUUUGUUCUCUUGUCAGAUAGCUGUGUCCCGUUGUACAACUUCAGCUAUAUUUACAAUUAUCUAAUGGUUUCUCCUAGAAGUUUCGUAGACAGUUUUCUCGAUAAAAAAGAUGUUCGGUACAAUCCUAAGAUGUCGCCAACCAUACCACAGAAGAAAUGGCGUAAGGGAUCACAGUGGGUCGCUUUAAUUCGAAGACAUGCAGAAGUUGUCGUGGAUGAUGAAAUCGUUUUUCCAAUCUUCCAAAAUUUCUGUAAGAGACGUCCGCCUGCCGAUCCCAGUAAGGGCAGAAAAAAUCUUAAACUUCAGAAACAGCACAAUUGUAUACCGGACGAACACUAUGUGCAGACAUUACUAGCAAUGAGUGACCUCGAAUCUGAGCUUGAAAGAAGAACACUCACCUACACGUUAUGGAACCAAUCCACAGGAAAUCCAGAGAACGAUGCUUGGCAUCCUUUCACCUUUAGCUAUGCCAGUUCAGGGCCUCAAGACAUUAAAAAAAUAAGGGGUAUCAACCAUGUAUACUACGAUACAGAGUUCAGAACUGAGUGGUGCAGCAACAACAAUCAAUCCGUCCCCUGUUUUUUAUUUGCGAGGAAAUUUUCUCAAGGAGCCGGGAUGCGACUAUUAAGCCUAGGCAUCGUAGGUAACUCCGAAAUUUCGACAUUAAUGGAUACACAAACCUAAUUUUUCCAUGGAUGCAUAUAUACAUAUAUAUAGUUAGCUAGCACACUCACCCACGGUUAAUGUGAUAGUUAACUUUGCAGUAGAAUGCAGCAUCUUAGGCUCUACACAUAAAUAACAAAGCUGUUUGCAUUUGUUACAUGAAGCAUUCUGAUAUGAUGUUUUGAAUUAGGUCAAACAUUGAUUGGUGGAUAUAAUUUGAAAAUAUUUAUGCUCUCUA